CACACACAAUAUAUAUCUUGUUAGUACUAGGACAGAUAUUUGUGGCACUGUUUUAUUUGAUUGCCUCUCAAUUAGGCAGAAAUUCCAGAAAAUGAAAUAUGGUAAUAACAGACUAGUAAACACGAUGAAUGAAGUUCUCUGUGCUCAAGAGCUAUCCUAGUAAAGUCAUUUUCUUCAAGUUUCAUAGUCAAUUAAACCCAGAGAGAGCUUUGCAUAGAAACUUAUUAUAACAAGUGCGUUUUCAAUUGUAUGUCUUGUAUUAAGAAACGUCACAACAUAUCAAUAAAUUUAUAAUCUGGGUGAACCAAGCUAACGCUUCAGAUCCAAGUUGUAAUUAUAAAUGUCGGCUGUGCAAACUAAUCCAAAAAAGGUCGCCGUCAAGGCGGAAAAUGUCAAUGUGUUUGUUGAAGUUUGUUAUUACUCAGGGACGGCUAAAUGCAGUGUAAAAACCUCCAUAACGUUACGCACUUAUCUGAUAUUGUGUGAAGAGCUUUGGAUAAAAAAAUCACUCGAAAAAACGGAAGUAUUCUGUAUUGUCGGUUCCUUUUCAUUUCUAAUGUUCCUCCUUUGCCAAAGGUUGUAUCACGUGAGGGAUAAACGUUAGAUGUGUACAGCUCCAGAAUAGUUGGAAAGUUAGUGCUAUUUAAAGCAAUAACCUGGCUUGAAAUAGACACAUUUGCUCAGAUUUACUUGGUACUUGUCAACCGGAAGACAUCUAAUUCGUUUCCUUUAUUUUGCAUUCCACAGUCACUGCAGAUAAGAUCAUGGCGGAAUAACUUUUAGAGUUAACGUCCACAUCGCUCAGAAAAGAAUCGAUCUCUAUACCAAGCAGUGUCGCCUUUCAUUUCGGGAAGGAAUUAUACAGUUUGCAUCCUCAGUGAUCUUUGAAGCUUUAAUUUCUAUGUUUGUAUAUUUGGACACAGGUGACAAGAUUCGUUUGCUUUCGCAGCCUCUCUCUCAGUAGCAGUUUUAUUACACAUUUAGAUACUGUUGUGUUACGAUCCUUUCAGUCAGCCUUUGUGAUAUUUGAUGCAUGCCAAUUGAGGUAAUUUUGACAGGCCAUCCAUCCUCUGUUUCCGGUAUCUGGGAACAUUCUCUCGGGCCUCAUAAAAACACUCCAGCCAAAAGCGCGUCUCGAGGAGCGAAAGGUGCCUAAAUAGGCCUAUUCAAGAUUGGUGAGGUUUUUCUACCUCCAGCCACCAGCCACAGCGGUAUUCAUAAUCAGUAACACUAAAGAUACUAUCAUUGUUUGUCUUCCAUUGAAAACUGGUUCAUUAUUAAGAGGCCUGGGAUUCUUGCCUUAGAGAUAAGAGACCACAAGUCUCUCGCAGCUUCCUUGGUUCUUUUCACACUUUUAGCGAAGGCUUGUUCCGACAGGAAGAGCGAAGGGAAAUUGUCGAUCGUGUGUAUUAGCGGCUCUAAAAGCAAUUUCUCUUCGUGCGGCGGACCACGUUCACAAAAACGUGGAAAAGUCGCUUUUCGUUUCAAGAGAUCAAGUUGAAGUGAAGGUCCCCAGAGACUUUCCUGCUCUCUUUGUUCGGGAAUAUUGUUGAUGAUCGGAUAAUUUUUAUGUUGACCGCCCACCGCUCACAACAAAUCUGCCCUGAGGCUUAUUGCUCUGUUUGUACGUGUGGUCUAAUUGUAUCGUUCGAAAAUCUUGCGCCGAGAUUUGGUCACGUUCUUCGACUCGCUGGCCGUUGUUGUGAGGCUCAACGGAAGGGUUUUUGAAAAAUCUUGACCGGAGUUGAAGUGUUGACAGAAAUUUGCCACAUCAGUCUUCAUUAACACUAUUAUCUCGCCGAAAUUGAGUAUAGAGUGGGCUGUUCGUGGGUCCUGGUGGUUUCGCAUAACCGAUCGAGUGUGUUACCGCGACGAGAUUUGGAAAGUCUGAAGCGUUUCUAGCUUCUACUGCUCUUCUAAUUGCUUCAAGAUGUACCAGUCAGUGAAGCUAAGAGAGCUGAAUCCCUUCAUUACUUGCGGCAUUUGCAGUGGGUAUCUAAUCGACGCCACGACCAUCACAGAGUGCCUUCACACGUUUUGUAGAAGCUGCAUCGUAAAGCAUUUACAAGAAGAAAACUUUUGCCCAACGUGCAAAAUUGUGAUUCAUCAAAGCUACCCUAUGAACUAUAUCAGCGCAGAUCGUACAAUGCAGGAAAUUGUGUACAAGCUUGUACCAGGCCUUCAAGAGCGAGAGCUCCAAAGACAGAAAGAAUUUGAAGUUGCUAUGUUUAUGUACCGCACUGGCGAACAACAAAACGAAUACAACGCUAUGAAUUUAACUAAAACACACGUCGACAAUCCAUCUCCAUCGUCAUCUUGUACAUCAAACGAAAAGGAUGAAAAUCACGAUUACCACCGAGGAGACGAACAAGUCGCUAUAUGCAUGGAAUGUUACAGAGGAAAUGGAAAAUAUUCACUGAAGCCGUUAACUCGCAAGUACCUACGGUUGUCCUCACAGGCAACUGUGUUACAUCUCAAAAAAUUUCUCGCAAAGAAGUUAAGUCUGGACGACCACAAAGACGUUGAUAUCUUAUGUAAUGACGAAAUUCUUGGCAAGGACCACACGCUUAAGUUUAUUUGUGUCACGAGAUGGAGAUUUAAGGGUUGUCCGCUUUUACUCCAUUACAGACCAAGUCUCAAGUUGUUUUAGUUCCAAUGCAUCACAAACUGACGGAGAAUUCUCUUCAAGCCCCCACUCCGAGCAAACCGUCGCUUCCGUAAAUAUCUCUGGACAAGCUGUCGUGCUAACAGCUAAUAAUGAAAAUAUAUUCCAAGAAAGCCAGGACAGUAAAUCGUCCUGCACUUGAACACAUGACGGGCAAGUAGAGCUCAAUCACUCGACCAGCAUACCACAGAAAAGGCGUAACUAAAUCAAUAAAUUUAUUUCUAAAUUUUUAAGUCACAUUUUAUAACUAAAGUUUUCCAAAUGGAAAAAUUUCAAAUUGUGAUCAUGACCUUGUCAUCAUUUGUAUUACAAUAUUAUGCAUCAUAGCUAUUGUAACCUACGCGUUCAUGACAAAGUUUCGUGUCAUUGAGAUACUUCAUUUGUAUUACAAUAUUAUGCAUCAUAGCUAUUGUAACCUACGCGUUCAUGACAAAGUUUCGUGUCAUUGAGAUACUUCAUUUGUAUUACAAUAUUAUGCAUCAUAGCUAUUGUAACCUACGCGUUCAUGACAAAGUUUCGUGUCAUUGAGAUACUUCACUUCUUACGCCCGAGGAAAUUGACAGGGAUAAUUGCUUUAAAAAAGAUGGAAGUAAAUAUUUAUUGUACAUUAGACACGGUAUUCAUUGUUCCGUGUUGUAUCAGACAAAAAGAAACAGAUAUUUGAUGA